CCAUCAAUCUGGCAACAUUCGCCGAUCCAUCACACGAAUCAUACACCACCCGUGGCCUCCGACCUUGCCGGAUUACUGAAUAUACCUAUUUCAAUCACGUGAUCCAUCGCCAACGACAAGGAACCGUAAAAAUAUUCAUCGCGAAUACCCUCAUCAAAAGAAACAGGCCUUAAUAGUCGCCGUUCCGCCAUUAAAGUGGUCGGAGUAGUCUUAGCAGACUUCUACGACCCUUGUCAAAUCUUAUCGUACGCGUCAUUGUCGUGUUUUCCCCGUCGGGGUGCGGCCCAACAGCGGUGGAUUCAACCUUUGCUGACCGUAACAUUAGAUCGUGGCGCCGAUUCAUCUUCUACAGCGACGCGACGGUCCCCUCGACUACGGCCGAGGUGGAUUCUGGGGCAUGAAUCAGAAUCCGAUCGCAUAUACCCCCCUCGAAGCAUUUGCUUUAUUCCAAGAACUCAAAAGGAACUUUCAGAACGGCCUAGUUAUCGGUACCUUUAGUCGCGUCUCCGAGACCCUUAAGAAAACACCUUUGAUAUUCGAACAAGACGAGUUUGAUGCCGAUCGACUAAGCCCCGAGUCCCUUCAGGGCUUUGCCCUACAGCUGCUUAGAGAGGAGCGGAAGGAGGAGAGGAGACGGGAGGCCGAGGCCGUUGUAGAGAAGAAUAAUGCUGGACUGUCGCCAAAUUCUAGAAAAAGAAAGCUUCAAAGCCCUCCUUUAUCUACUUUUCAGGAAGCAUUAGAGCAAACGGAUAAACUCCCCAACUUGGUGGAGAAGCUCUAUAUACGGUUUCGAGAUGGUCUAAUUAGGGAGAUCAAGGAGGACGAAAGGCGGAUCGACGAACUUCACCGGGAAAUCAUCGAGAUUGAAAGGGGAGAAUGGGAUAUCAGGCUUGUUCAGGAGCACCAUGUAGAACCGCCGGCGAGUAAUGGUGUCUCAGCUGCCAGUGAUUCUUUACAUACGAGACCGGAAGGCCAAGUAGCGCCGAUACCAACAUCGGCACCACCAGCUCAGAUACCAGCUCAGAUACCAGCGCACACGCCAGCGCCAACGCCAACGCCAACGCCCACACCAUUACCAACGCCAACAGCGAUACCCGCACCGAUUCCUGUUCCUAGGGCCCACGAUCAUAGCAGGCAAACUGAACCAUCAUAUGCUCCUCAGAUACCUCAGGAAAGGAAAGCUGCGCACCCGGUUCCUUCACCACUACCCCCACCUGUUCGUCCUUUAGGUGAAACACGUCAUAUUGCUCCUGAUAAUAGGCCUCAAGAGCCAGUGCGUCCAAUAAGUAACGCGGCACCGGUUCUACAGCAUCCACAAGCCAUUCAAGGAUAUACCGCACGGCCAGGUUCCGCCACGCCUCAGUCACCCGUUGUCGAUGGCCUUCAACGACCUGAAGGUAUUCCCACAGGUCGAAGCCCUGUGCCCAUACAUACAAAUCAAACCCAUCCUCCUACCUCUACUCCCGCACCUCCGUUAAAAUGGGAACCUCCAUAUCAGCCUCCCCAUCAGCCUUCCCCCCAAUCCCCAUUUCAAUCUUCCUUUCAACCUUAUCAGCCGCCGACACAACAUCAACAAAUCCACCAACUCCAUCAACCCCAUCAACCUCAUCAACCUCAUCAACCUCAUCAACCUCAUCAGCCUCAGACUCACCAGACCCACCAGACUCCUAUUCCAUCUCCCCGACUUCCCUAUGGAACGGGCGUCACUAGGCCUCCAACGUAUCCUCAAACGCCAACCAGUCUUCCUCAAUUCUCUCAAAAUUAUGCAGGCGGUAGGCAGACUCCAGGACAGUAUGGUCAAGCACCUCGACCUCCAAGCCAAGGAUCUGCAUCGGCAUCUCCUUCAGUACUUUUACCACCUCAGAAUGGAGGGCAGAUACCACCAUCUCUUCAGUCGUUGCCAUUGAAUGCAACACCAGAUGGCGCAGGACAGCAGAUGCAGCAGCGGCGCCCGGUUUCCAUCCCGAGGGUGGAUUCACCAGGUCCUAAUAUAGGACCUGGACCUGGACCCUUUGCCCAGCAUCAAACCUCACACAUGCAAAACCAAACUCAAACACCUGUUCGACCACCCGUUGCCUUGUCAGAACCGCACCCAGCUGCAACGCCGCCCAAGCUUCCUGUACCGCCAGCUCAAUGGUCCCCAGCACCCGGCCCGACCCGACCUUCAUAUCCUCCGCAAACUCCGAUUCAACCUCCAGCGCCUCCAGCACCACCGACAUCUCAACAGAGCCAACCUCAAAUAUCUUCAAGAUACGGUUCGCCGUACAAUCAACAGGCUCAACCAGCUCAGCAAGUUAUUGCUACUGACUCUCCUCAACGGCCGCAAAUACCUCCACUACAAACCCCGGUGGCGACAACUCAGCCCACGCGUCCUUUAUCGGCAACGCAAGUGCAUACGCCUGUAACAGUAUCCCCACAUAUUAUUAGGGGACACGGAACUAAGUGGACUUCAACCCCUACUCCUGCAACACCUCGUGUAGAUGAUGUAAGCGGUUAUUUUGAUAUCCAGAGUCCUGUCUACGAGCCAAUUAGCCCACGCCCUCAGUCGGCUCAAUUGCCGAAGAGUUCUCCCGAGCAGAAUGGGAAGAAGGAUAUUCGGAAGGCUAUACAAAAGCCUGACGUGACGCCCAACCGGCCAAGAGGACGGCCACGUACCACGCAGAAAACGCCUCUAACGCAUUCGGAGGAGGUCCCAGCGGAGCCAGAUACCUCGGCAAGUAACAUUAAGAAUGAAGAAGCGACACCUCAGGCUCUUGAAGAUAUUGGUCACGCGACUGCAGCCGAUGAAGGCGUUGCCGCGCAGGAUCAACCAGGUCCAAGCCAGCCGUCUAACAAGCGUAAAAGACAAGAGAGCCCUCCAAAUCGAGCUCCUCCAACACCGGCUACGCACGUUUUAUGGACACGUUCAUUCAACAAAAUUAGUCAAUCUGCAUUGGAUCAAAUCAUCAGCCAUCGCCACGCGAACAUGUUUGCGCAUCCCGUGAAACCAAAGACGGCGCCGGGAUAUUUUGAAAUCGUACUUCGGCCGCAGGAUCUCAAAGGCAUCCAGAAGGCGAUCACUGCAGGGUCCAAGGCGGCAUCAAUGGCUGUGGCCACAAUGCCCGAUAUUGACCCAAGUGCGACAAAUGUUUGGCUUCCGAUGUCAGUGGACCUAGUUCCACCACGAGGUAUAAUAAAUAUUGCGCAGCUGGAGAGAGAAUUGGUUCACAUGUUUGCGAAUGCUAUCAUGUACAACCCAGACCCCUACCGCGGCUUUGGACCUUCGUUCCUAAAGUCAACUCGACGGGCUAGUUUGGAAGGCGACGGGGAAGAUUACCGAGGCUACGAAGUAGAUGAAAACGGGGUGGUAAAAGAUACUCGUAGUAUGUUUAGUGAGGUUGAGAAGUUACUAAGUGACCUCCGGAACGAGGUAGAACGUAACGCACCCCCUCCGGCGGGCGUACCGCUGUCCGCGAGCCGUAGUAUGAGCGUGGCGGGUGGAGAGACGAAUACGACAGAAGAUGAUGCGGAUGAACCAUCAGGGGAUACUAACAAGAGGAGAAGAAUCAGGGGUUAAUGGUGACGCUAUAGCAAAGUAUGACAACUCUGAUCUGAGCGGUAUUGGCAAUAUAGUUAAUUGCCCAUCCUUCAAAGACAAGCCCAUUCUAAUGAGAAUAUGCACCAGGGCCCAGAUUCAAUCAUGACCCUGUUUAUGAACGAACAAGCAAACAAAUAAUGUAGAGAAGCUUUUGGACUCUGAUAUAUGUGUAUGCCUUUCUGAAGACUUAUGAUGGUACCUAGGUAGUGGCCCCUUUACGGUUGUCAGGUAGGUAAUGUACCUAGAUAGGUAGAGGUACUUCGUACAUAACCUAAAUGUACAAAUGUACCUAAAUACAGAUUAUGCACGGACCUAAUAAAUCGCCCCACAUAUGCGCGCACUUAAUUAAACAAG